UUCACAUAUCGAAGUUUGGAUUCAAGAAGUGGCAUCUUCCAUUCGCCAAACUUCCCCCACCCAUAUCCCCGCAACCUCACCUGCCACUACAAAUUCAUCGGCCGAUCAAACGAGCACAUCGUCAUUGUCUUCAGACACGUCGAUGUCGAAGGAGUCAUGCCAAACUGCAGUUCAGACACAAAAAGCGAUGUAAUCGAACUAUCCAACUACAACUAUCCUCUGGCCGACAGCAAGCACAGUCCGCUCUGUGGCUUGAAGAAAGAAUCCAGCCGAAACUUUGAGAAGAAAAUUUACAAGUACGAAUCAGAUGGCAAUUUUUUUCGAGUCACUUUCAAAGCGAACGACGCAUACGAAGCUUCUGGGUUUGAAGCAUCGUACAAAUUCUAUUUGAAGGACACAAGUUCGUAUACAAAUUUAAAAGAAUCUAACAAU